AUGGCGGCCGCCCACACUGCAGGUAUUGAUGGAAUAACAAAAGUUUUGGAGAGUAUAUGUCGAGAAAGACGAAGAGAAAAUCUUGAUAAAGAAAGUGAAGGUAAUUAUAACACAUGUAGAUAAAAAUGGAUAUAUUUUCGGAGAUCUGACGUUUCAGUUUGACCCUAACCAUAGUUGAAGCAUGGAUGACAAUCAGAUGAUGAGUCAAAUUACUUGUGGUUGUUUUUGGUAUCCUAUGUUAACUUUCACACAAAUCAAGUGAAACACCGUGGAGAAUGUUACGGUUUAGCUGCAGACGCUGAUCUAGCCAACAACUAGCCGAAUAUUUUGAGCUCGUACAAUUUUACCCUUCAGGAGCUCGAGAAAGGUCAAACUGUAUGCAAGCUCGAAUGAGGUUAAUGUAACAAACUCUAGUACGGAUUUUCCCUAUUACUUAGAAAGAAUCUGGACAGCUGUAUCAUGAAGUAUGAUGCUAUUUUCUCUCUCGUCGAGUUUUACGUGUUUUUCUUCAUAAAAUCAUUCAGAUGUUUGUUCAUUUCAGCUGUGUAAACACGUUUGAUUUUCUGCUCAAUUUAUCCACCCUGUUUAUUCUUAACCCUUUAACUCCCAAGAUCUGAUUGUUAAUUCUCCCCUGUAGCUGCUACACAUUUCCUUGUAAAUUAGUUAUGACAACUUGGUGCUAGAUCAAGAUAGCAGCUUCUACUUGAUAAGUUUGAAUAUUCUCAUUGCCUGUUUGCUGAAGAAUGUAUGGAUAUUGUAGGGAUAAGUUUUAUGUUAAUCACUUCUGGGAGUUAAAGGGUUAAACCUGACAGCAUCCAGGUCUUGCAUAUGAAUAUGGAGCUGUCUGGUCAAGAGAGUCACUUCACCAUCAGUGACAAAUUGACUUAGACAUUAUGUGUAGUGUCUUAACCCUUUAAACCCUGAAUGUGACUAGCAUCUAAUUUCUCCCAACAUUAUAACCCCUGCAUCACAUAGAAAGGUCAAGAGAAUAAAGUAAAUGAUCAGGAACUAAAUUUUCUCUUGAUUGAUAAACAAAUUCUCCUUGUUAACAUCUUAGGAAAUGUAUAGAAAACAGUAUGGAGAAUAUGCACACUGAUGUUAGGGUGCAAAGGGUUUUUUAUGGAAGGUUAACUGUUAGAAGCAAGGAGAACAGCAAGUUUCAGUGUUACAUAAAAUGAAUUAAAAGAUGUAAAGAUUAUGAUCAGUUUGCUAAUGUUAACACCCAAGCAAAUUUUGCUGUGUGAUUUUUGCUGAUGUUUAUGAAACUCACAAGCUAAGAUGUGGUAUAUUGGGAAACUAGGCAUAUACAAAUACAGGGAAAGUAUACAGAAAAGGCCUCGGUGUCCUUUAUUUGUAAAGCAGAACAAAUACAAGCAUGACCUUUGACAUGAGUUCUGUUCCUAUGAAUACAAUUCAAACCGAAUCUGAUGAAACUUACAUUAGAUGAAAGCUUACAUCUUGUAUUUUAUUAAUUUUUGGUUUUAACCCUUUACACCCUAAAAUCAGUAUGCAUAUUCUCUGCACUGUUCUCUAAACAUUUCCUAAGACGCCAACAUGGAGAAUUUGUCUAACAAUCAAGGGCUUCUUUAGUGGGUGAUCAGCUCCUGUAUUCUCCUGAACUCAAUGUUUGAUUCAGGAGUGACAUGGUAAGGAGAAAUUAGAUGCCAGUCACUCUUAGGGUUAAAGGGUUAAUGAUGCAAAAUUAAAAGUGCACUCAAAAAAGGUGAAAUCCAGAGAAGGAGCCUUAAAUGUUGAUGGUCAACAACUCAAUUUGACAAGUUGAAAUUGGUUUUUAUCCUUGCAAGUAUCCUAUUUGUUAAGUUACUUAAUAUGAAAUUAUGUUGAAUGAAAACUUAGAUUGCCCAUUUUGUAAGAAUAUGUUUCUUUUCUUGUUUUAUACAGAGGGUUUCAUUGUCUUGGCUAUUGAGUCGUUUUGGACAAGACUAUUCUCGCAGUAUUUUGUUUGCUCUGAAGAUGAAACAAGAGAUGACCUUCUUUUCUAUGUGAGAGGGAAAAGUUCAAAUAAAGAUGGAAAAGUUGAUAAAGAUUAUCAGGAGGUCAGGAGUGGUAGUUGUUACUAGAAAGAAAGUGGAUAUAAUGCUGUAGUGCAAAAUCAGGGUCACAUAUUUGAGCCUUUAACUCCCAUAAGUGACCAAGACAGAAUUUCUCCUUACAAUAUCAAUACAAUAAUUAUCAAACAGAUAAGUAAUGAGAAUAAAGAAAAAUAUCAAUUUAGGAAUAAUUAGUUGAUUUAAUACUAAAUUCUUUGAACUGACCUUAUAAGAAUUGUAUGGCUGGUAGUAAGGAGAAUUACUAGUUUGAUCUAGGAGUUAAAGGGUUAAGGAUGUGGAAGUUCUAACUUCCAUAUAAUUGCACAAAUAGCUCAUAUCAUCAAAAGGGAGGUCAUUGUGGUAAGAUUGUGCACAGCCCCAUUCUUCAUUAUGCAUAAAGUUCUUGGAUGAAGAAAACAGUGGGGAAAACCAUAGAUUGCCUUUGGGACUACAGCUUUGUUUUACAGUAGUAUGGGACUGUGCAGAAAUCUUAACACCAUUCUCCAAAGUAAGCAAUAGAAAGAAACACAGAGCAUGUUGAUUGAAUUGAAGAACAAACACUUUUGUAAAAUAUUGCCAACCAUGGUCAAGGAGGCUGCUAUGGCAGAAUGUAACAGUCAUCAAGUUAUAAUGGUCGUAGAGAGAAGAGAGUUUUGUGCAUUCAAAGAGAUGCAACUGAGACUAAAUUUGUGCAUCUUUUUGUAAAUUUUGAGGACAUGCAGUUAGAUGAAUCACUGCUGUCAGAAAGUAUUUGGUAGUGAUGUGAACUUUUACUUUGUUCCAUUAUCAAUGUUACACUUUGUUGUAUUUAGUUGUGUUUUAACUAUACUCUUGUACAAGGUUGGGGUCAUGCAUUUAUUAUUUCACUAUUUAUAAGAAAUCUGUUCACUUCAAAAGUUUAGCUGAAUUUUGAAUGGUUUUUUGGUUGCAGAAAUAUAUUUUUGUUCCAGAAUUGUAGAAUCUUCUAUAAAUUGUUAAUUUGAUACUAACCAUGCAUUUUUCUUUUGCAUCAUUCCACAGUCAAAAGUAGCUGUGUUUAGAAAAGACUCAAAAGUUCUUCCAAGGUUUGUUUCUAGAAUUUGUCUGAUAUAAACAGUUUGUUCAUAUGGUAUGGUUUUGUUUCUGAUUUCGUUAUAUCUACUGUUAACCUUAAACAUUCAUGAGUGGCCAAGAGAAUUUCUCCUCACAAUAUAUCAACUAUGGGAUCAUUAGAUAGUUGAUCCAAUGCUGAAUUCUCCAAACUAACUUUUAAAGAAUAGUUUAGCAGACAGUAAGGAGAAUUACUAAUAAAUGAGAUCUGGAGAGGGAAAGGGUUGUUAGUACAUUGAGUGCCAUGAGAUGCAUGUAAUUCCAUAUACUUCUAGGAGUAAACCUUUGAUACCUUUACUGUUAACAGCUUGGGAGACCCAGGAAUUGACUGGGAAGAAUCUGUUUAUCUCAACCUGAUUCUGCAUCAAGUAAGAAAUAAAAUUUUGAAAUUUACUUCAUUUGCAUUAUCAUCUGAGCUUGCUUAUGUGUAAGGUACAGUGCCUUAGUAGUGAGAGUGCUCAUUGCAACAAGAGCAGCAUUAAGGUGAUUCCUCAGUAUUGCGCUGCACAUCCUGUACUGCACAUAACAAUCAUGUGAUCGGGCAAAAUAAGGGUGAGCGCAAUCCAAAAACAUGGUUAUCAUUGUUUUUAAAUCAAUGGACCAGGUUGAGAGGUACAGUGCUCUUUACCUCUUGAACAAGCACAAUGACCUAUAACUUUUAUUGCUUAAUUUCUGUGUACAAAUUAUCCCCUAUAUAUUGAAGAAAUUUUUAAAAAAAUUCAUUUAAGGGAAAAAAAAGGGUAUUGCUGAAAGUGUGCACAAAGCCCUUUACUCAAGGAUGCAAAUUAAGAUCUUGAAAGCAAUAAGGUGAAGAACAUUUUGAGUCAAUGUCGUUUGAAAUUGUGUAAGUUUUCCUUGAGACUUUCUCCCUAAAGUAUCAAGUUUUUUUUCAAGUGUUACCUAAAAAACUCUUGCUUCCAGCCAACAUAAAAAUGUACUGUGAAACAAUGAAAUGACGCUUGUAAUAAGUACUUGCAAAGGUUCUAAUGGGGCAAGUUUGGCCCAUCAUAUAUCUUAAACAAAUCAGGUGACUUAUCUUUUUCAUAAUUGUAUAUUUCAAACCAGGCAUUGGAUAGGAACAUUUAUGGAAAGUUUAAAAAAAAAUUGUGCAAUAGCUUUUUUUUCUGAGGAAUCACCUUAAGCUUAAGAUUGAGGUAAUGUCAGCAAUCCAAGCUGCCACCAUUUUGGCUGAAUUCAAAGUAAGAUAAACAUUUUCCAAUUUUCAGUUGCCACUGAACAUAUUGUUAUGCUUAAUAAAGAACCCUAACACCCAUGUGAAUUGGAUUAAGUGGGGAAUAGAGAUAAAAAAAGUUCCCAAAAUUCUCCUUCAUGAGGGAUAAUGAAUACCAAUGGUUUUCUUUCUGGUAUAUUAUUGACUUAAAAAUAAUUGCACUGUUAGUAUUGACUACUUUGUUUUCCUUGAAACACUUGAAAUAAAAUUUAUUUGUUACGCUUACAAUGUGCCAGUAAAUUUGGUGUUUAUUUUUUGUGCAGUUUGAAUACACACUAACCUGUGCAAUAUGUACAAAGCCUCAAGAGAAAGAAAUGAGAGUACUCAGUAGAAUAUCACAGGUCAGUAUAACUCCAAAACAGAAUCAACAUCCAUUUUAAUUUAUACUUACAAAUUUCUUUACUUGACAUGAAGAUCAAAAAGUUUGCCACAGAUUUUGUUACAACUUAAUAAUGUCCCUAAAAGACUGAAUAUUAUUUCUGUACUUUUAAAUCCACAGAAGGUAUAUGCUUCACCUAAUCGAAGGAGGUGAGUUGUUUCAGUCCAUUUGAACUUCGAGAUUAGAGAGAAGCGCAGGGAACCCGAUUGAGCAAAAUCCUUUAAAAAAAAUGGGAUAGUGCAAUAAGAAGUGGUAGACUCUUUAGAGCAACAUUUAGGGCAAGUGUUGUAUGGCAGCUGCCUUUGUCUCUAGGUUUGAAUUAUUUACAGACUGAAAUUAAAAUGAUCAACAUUAAUUUUAUAUAGACUUUGAGAGUCCUUUUGAUUCUUGUGCAAUUCUGAUAUCUGUAAAGUGUGACACCACUUUUCUUUAAUUCAGAAUGGAUUCAAAAGGAAGUUCUGCGGAGAUUUCGUACCCUAACAUAUUUUUUAUUCUGGACAAUUUUGAAGAGGUAAAUGACAAUCUUGGUUACUUAAUAUCUGGCUCUACCAUUAAAAAUGCCAGCUAUCUUAACAAUACUGAAAAUUUUGUUGUUUUUGUAACAGACAUUCCGAGACUUUGCACUACAAGAAAAUGAGAUGGUUUGUGUGGAAUUGGUUGCUAAAGAUAAGGUAUUGCUUUUUGAAAUCAACAUUCAAACAAUGGGAUGACAAAUGAAGAUGUUGUAAAAAAAUUGCACUUGGCCUUAUUCAACUCUGACUCACUGAAAGUGGCUAAAAAGAGUCCUUACAUUCUGUUACAAACACUUGAAUCAGAUUUCUUUAUUUAUUUGUCUCUAGACUGAAUCAGUGGAAGGAGUUAUCUUCCUAGGAUCAAUAAGAUAUGAAUCACUCAAAAAAGUUUAUGAUGGGAGAGUAAGUAUGCAGCACAGUAAUUGUUUAGAAAAAGUGCAAGAUAGUGUUCUAUUUUAUACCCUUUUUAAAACCCUUUACACUAACAUCAGUAUGCACAUUCUCCAUACUGUUUUCCAUAGUUUAAUCAUUAUGAUCUGUGUUGUGUUUUUGACCCAGGCUAGUGUAGCAAGUAAGGUUGCUCGUAAAGUUUCUAUGGGUUGGUGGAAAGGUCCAGCUAAUGUAGAGUUCAUCAAGAUGAAAGGUCCAGGUGGAAAAGGCCAUGCAGAGAUGGCAAUUACACAACACAGAGGACUGGAGGAGAGAAGUGGUUUAGAGGACUCUGAAAAUAGUGACUGGUACGUUACAGUGUAGAUAAACCCUUUCCCUCCUAAGAUCUUACUUUUAAAAAGUCUGUUGUGCAUUUUCUAUAAUUUAACUUGGAGAAUCUGUUCUUAACCCUUUAACUCCCAGAAGUGAUCAACAAAAAACUUCUCCCUAUAAUAUCCUUACAUUAUCCAGCAAAUAGGUGAUGAGGAUAUUCAAACUUAUCAGUUAGAAAUUGUUAUUUUGAUAUAACACCAAAUUCUCAUUACUAAUUUACAAGGAAAUAUGUAGCAGCUCAAGGGGAGAAUUAACAAUUUGAUCUUGAGAGUUAAAGGGCUAAUUCAAGCACAACUCCCAACAUUGAUGUUGUUCUUUCUUCUCAGCACCUUUCUGCUUGACAUUGUAUUGUUACUGUAAGGAGAAAUUAUUUGUUGGUCACCAUAGGGAGUCAAAGGGUGAAUGCUUACAAGUAUAGCGGUCCAUUUGGUUGGAGAGAAAUAUGGAAUGGGAUGCUUCUCUAUCACUGUUUUAAUUUCGAAAAAAAAGAAAGAAAGAAAGAAUGUAUGGUGAUGAAAUCCUCAUAGCUUGUUACAGGAGGACCAAACAAAGAAUGACAACUUUCUGGCUCUAGUUGUUUGAAGGGUGAAUAACUCUAUCCACUAGAUAAAUAUCUAUCUGUUGGAUGGUGCAGUAUGUUUUUAAAGACUUAUCCACUGGACAGUGAUUUAUCUGUUGGAUAGCAGUAUGUGCCCUUUGAACAACUGGGCCCUGACUGUUAGAUUUAGUCACCAAAUUUUUUUUUAUGCUUACCAUUGCAACCAAAAGGUCACAGGUUGGAGAGUUUAAAGUUUUCAGUUUUGGAGAAGUUCAUAUUUUGGUUUUGAAAUAUUCACGAUAAAUCUAAUUCGCUUUUGUUUCUUUGUCCUCAGGAGAACAUGUGCUGAGUGUGGAAAUACAACUUUUUCCUCUUCAACUUUUUCCUCUUCGACAAACAACCAAGUGCCAGUUCAAGAUGAAAAAUGCUACAAUUGUGGUGUAGAGUCCAGAUGGACAACAGAUCUCGAUGGUACAAAAUACAGUGAUACAAGUCAAGACGAAAAGAAAAAAAAAGGUUUAGUGUAGCUGUUGAAUCAGAAAUACUGUUUUUUGUUGCAAGAUGUAGGUAGUUUUGUCACAUAGAUACUAAAUUAAGUGAAAAAAAGGUGAAAAAAAGAACAAAUAAAUCAGAAUAAUUAGGUUCUAAGGUAAACUUUUCUUUCAAUUGUCAUCCCCCUGAAUGUCUACUCUUUGUUAGUACCAGUCUGUAAGGUUUUUUUUUUUUCAUUUUCUUGUCAAUGCACUGCAUUAUGCAGAGUGUUGCCAAAUAUGACAGAGGCUUUUAAAUUAUGUAAAGCACUGAUUAUAAAUUUUGGCAUGAGUAACCAAGCUGUUCAAUCCUGACAAGUUUGAUUUUUUUCUUUGUUGCCUAGCAGGUCUAUUGUCAUCAUCUCAGCAAUGGGUGAAACUCAGGUAUGCUCUGAUGUAUAGUAUAUAAUGUGUUAAAGUUCUGGCAAUCUUGGAACACUACAGGGUUGUCAAAAUGGUUAUGUGCCUUAACUUCCAUUGUGCCUCUCCCCACCCUGGAGUAUAAAUUACACUCCAGCUUGCAAUAAACUUGCAUCCCAUCUAGGGGGAGUAGUAAUAGCCCUAGUCACUUCAUGCUAUGGAAACCACCAUAAUGAGCUUCAACUGGAAAGGCUCUAGUAUAGAUUUUACCCAGCCUUAGUUCAUCAUCAUUUCUUUAUAAUUGGUUUGCAAACCCCCUCCCCUCUCCCAGGUUCCAGCUCCUUUCACUCCAGCUAUCAAGUAUCUUUCAUAAUUCUAUUUCUCCCAGGUUUGAUUUCUACCAUUGAACCCCAAGGGUUCUACUCCAUUCAGACCUUAAUAUUGUACCAGGUAACCCUUAUUUUUUUUUUUUUUUUGCAGGAAAAAAUCCCUUAAUGGUGUUGCACUCUCUGCAUAUUUAACAUACGUGACACUACCAUGGAAUAAAAUUAUGAAAGGUCAGUUUUCUUGUAUGCCAACUAUGAAGAGUUUCUAGUAUGAUAAACUAAAUAGUACCUGAUUGGUACUCACUUAUGAUCUAUUGGAGGACAGAGGCAUAGAUGACAUCACCAUUACCAACUUUUUGCUCUUUAUCAUGCAAAACAAAUAGAUUCCAUGUUGUGGUGCAUCUCUACAUGAGUAGAUCACAGAAGACGUCAAAAUGCUGUAAGAACAUCAAUGACGUACUCAGCUGCACCUGAUUUGCCAUGGUUCUUACCACACUUUGUCCGUAACUUGAUCUAUAACUGAACAGAUGUGCAGCAACAUGAAUUCUGUUUGUAAUCAGCUGAAUAUAGUUCUAAGCCAGAGGCAUUUUCAAUUGAGAACUUAUUGAUUUAUUAUAAAUUUGUUUUUAGUUGGCUAUUGGUUUUUUUUCUCUCAUGGUGACAUUUUUUAAUCUUUGUUGCAGAUAUUUUGGAAGUGAGGCAACCUCCUAUAUUAUCUUAGUAUUAAAUCAAAUAAAUCAGUCAUACAGUUUAUGUACAAAUUCUAAAUUAUUUAUCUACGUGCAUUGCCAAAUAUAAUCACCCCUGUUGACACAACAAUCUUGUGCUGCUGAAGGCACCUUAUGUUAUAAUUUUCAGACAAUGCUUCAAACCUUCCUUUUUCUAACAAGAGAAUCUGUUUAUGUCUUAAUGGAGUUAUGUGAAAGAAAUUGUUUGAGUCUGCCACAUUGUCAGUUAACCUUUUCACUCCCAAAAUCUCAUUCUUUUGAUGUUAGUCCUGAGAAUUUGGUAGUGGAUCAACUAAUAAUCCCCUAAUUUAUGUUUUUUUUCUCUUUCUUUUUCUUGAUUUUGUAUUGAUACUGUUGGGAGAAAUUCUGUCCUGGUCAAUAGUGGAAAUUAAAGGGUUAAAGCCCUCUGAAAUGUGGCACAUGUUUUGCAAGAGGUCCAUGGCAUUUUUGUUGGCAGCUUAAAAUGCAUAUUUGCUAAUGCAUCUAUAACUUCCUAGGUUGCAUUUUAUCGAAAAGCACAUUAAAUCACAUAUAUAAUUAUGUAUAGAAAGAAAUCAAUAUUUUUUAUAUGGAUAGCAACCUUCUAAUUACCAUCUGCAGUGCAGUGUCUACUUUGUAUUUACCUCUAUUUAUAAUAUGCCUAGAAUGCAAAACUGAAAAUGCUGUAUGUACACUUAUUGAUGUUAGAGAAUCAGAUUAGUGCAGCAGGAAGAACUGAAAGAGAAAGCAUUAGUGAAAACAGUUAUGUUAACCCUUUAUUCCCUAACAGUAUUGGUUUUUCCCUUACUCUUCUCUAUACAUUCCCUUUGGUGCUGACAUGGAGAAUUUUUUAAACAAUCCAUGCUUCUUAGGUUGGCAACCAUUUCUUAUAUUCUCAUGAUCUUAUUAAAUGACUUAGCAGUAUUUCUGUAAGGAGAAAUCAGAUGUUGGUUACUCUUAGGAUUUGUAGUUUGACCGAGCUGUUGGUGGAAAAGUGAUCAUCACUGGCCAUAAGAAAAAAAAACUGUUUCAGGCAUUCAAUUAGUAAUAGUAGUGGCAGAAUGAGAUAAAGAGGGAGGGUUUGAUUACCUGGCCUUACAAACUUAUACUACCUUACCCUUUCCUCUUUUUUUGACCUGACCCAAGCUGUCGCGACUUUAGUGCCAUUUACUGUUGUGCUAACUGAUGGUCAAGAGCAAACUGACAUCAAAAAGGGAGAGACCAGCCUGUGUGAUCAAGCAAAUAGAUUUGUUUUGGAUAAGAGUAAGGCCCGACACUGGUAGAUCAUUUGUGAAGUGAUUUAUAUUGUUGGCCAGUUCUGGGAAUUAUAGGAUUUGUAGCAUCUAAUUUUGGUACAAGGUUAACCCUUUAAUUCCCAUGAGUGACCAAGACAGAAUUUCUCCUUACAAUAUCAAUCAGACAGAUGAUGAGAAUGAAGAAAAAUAUAAGUUUGAGGAUUUUUUAGUUGAUCCAGUACCAAAUUCUCAGAACUAGCAUAGUAAGAAUUGUAUGGCAGACAGUAAGGAGAAUCACCAAUGAGAUCAUGGCCAUUGAAGGGUU